ACUCUAGAAAAAAGUCUAAUUAAUGAUUUAAAAUUGAUUGUUGAGGCGUGAGGCGGGCGGGCGGCCGGCCGGCUACCACGCGCAUGCGCGCCGCGUGCAGCCUCCGCUCUCACCCUCAUCUUCAGUGCAACCACACUUCCCUACCACGCGCCCGCGACCAUCCACGCGCUACACAUAUUAUGCACUAAACUACAACUUACGUCAUCUUACAGAAACAAUAGACAAUCACUAAUGACAAACAUGACAACACAAUGCGAGAUGGACACCGUUGAACCUAUCAUAUGUUAUUGUUUUUAUGACCCCGUACAUGUGAAGUGGUGAAUCAUUUCUUGAUCAGGUGAGAGCAUGACGUCGCUUCAACCGACAUGUUUGAGCGGAAUACGCUUGCGGUGUCUAUUCCUGCUAGCCGUGGUCUUCGGCGUCACCUUCAUGACCGUAUCGCUCUGCCGCGAGCCCGAGUUCGUGUCCCUCGACGGCGAGCUGCUCCGCCCCGGCCACUACUACGAGCUCGACUCCGACAGCCGGUUCACUAUCAAUACCAACGGCUGCACGAUACCUGCGCUGCGCCCGUUCGAUGACAACAUCAAGAAAUUUAUUGAACCCCCGAGGCGCUUAAAAAAAUGUGUGCAUAUGCACACUUCCCUCCUAGCCAACAACGCCACACACAUAUGGAUCAACAAUAAUAACUUACAACACUAUAACUUGUCUAAGGAUUUCAAUAUUUCGUGUUGCUACAAGGCCUUCUACCGACCCAACGCGAUCACGGACAUCACGUCAUACCACGUCGACGACCGCGUCAAGUACCACGAUUGUAUCGAGUUCUUUGAUAUAAUAGAAGCGCUGGAUGAAUUUGUUAGAGUGUCCUGUUACGACAACAUGGGUGAAAAGGAUUCACUAUUAUUUGAAGAUUUUUUUAUAUUUGCUCCAAAGAAACUCCUGAUUUCGGAUAAUAUAAACAACGUACAGAUCAUGCAAAAUCAGCCAGCGUAUAACGUGAUUAUUUUAGGCAUUGAUUCAGUAUCGAGGUUGAAUUUCUACAGAACAAUGCCAAGGACAUUAGAGUUCCUUAGGAAUAAAGGGGCAAUUGAAUUAUUUGGCUAUAAUAAAAUUGGUGACAAUACUUUUCCAAACCUCGCCGCGAUGCUACUGGGUGUCAAAGACACGGAGUUAAAACGGAUGUGUUGGCCAAGUCCAAGACAUACAUUCGACAACUGUCCAUUCGUUUGGGACUGGUACAAAGAGAACGGGUUCUACACAGCGUUCGGCGAGGACAGCGCCUACCUCGGCACCUUCAAUUUCGUGCGGCACGGCUUCGCCGCCACGCCCACCGACUACUAUCUGCACACCUUCAUACGCGAGGCCGAGAUGCACGUAGGGAAUAUCAAAGAUUUCAAUUCCUACAUAUGCAUGGGGAAUAAGUACGCAUAUAAGGUUUUAUUAGAUUAUGUCGAAAGCCUAACGAGAACUUUACGGUCUUCCAAAUUAUUUGGAUUUUUUUGGGAAGUGACUAUGAGCCACGAUUUUUUAAACAACCCGAGGUCUAUGGACAUUAAUUACGAAAACUUUUUAAAGAAGCUUGACGAAUCUAAAUAUUUAGACGAUACUGUUAUUAUCAUGUUAAGUGACCAUGGUAUAAGAUGGGGUAAUUUCAGGUUAACGAAACAAGGCCGGCUAGAGGAACGUUUGCCUUUCGUGCAUAUCCUACUGCCUCCGUCGUUCCAAAGGAAUUAUAGUUUGGCAUAUCAUAAUAUAAAACUUAAUAGUAAGCAUUUGACAACACCAUUUGAUAUGUAUGCAACUAUAUCGGACUUGGCAAACUUAGAGUCUAUUAGAAAUGAGAAAAUUUCGGCUAGAUAUAAACAGAAGUAUGCUGAUAACCGAAGUAUAAGCCUGUUCCUGCCUAUACCAAAAAAUCGGACGUGCAAGACGGCCGGAAUAGAUGACCACUGGUGUACGUGUCACAAAGACCGGUCGCUGUCUGUAGAAAGCGAUGAAGCGAAGAAUGCUGCACAGUUUAUUGUGGCGCAUAUGAAUGAGUUGCUAAUUGGACAUCCGGAAUGUGCGCGCCUUUCGCUGGCUAACAUAGUGGACGUGCGAGAAAUGGAGGCGGGCACGCCGGCAGCGGAUGAGGAGGGGUGGCGGGAGUUGCUGGUGCUGGUGCGGACGGCGCCCGGCGGCGGCGUGUUCGAGGCCACGCUCCGACGCAGCGUGCGCGGCGCCGGCGUCGACACCACCACCGAGGACGCCGCCGCCGACUGGGCGCUCGCCGGCUCCGUGAGCAGACUCAACCUCUACGGCAAUCAGAGCCACUGCGUUAACAGUUACAUUCUAAAACUAUAUUGUGUUUGCUUGACUGAAACUAUUACUUUUUAGUAGAAAAUGUAAGUGCUGUGAUAUUAUUACUAGUAUGCUACAUGUUCAUUCCAUAUAACAUUAGAAAAAUGUUGUAUCCUAGAUAUCAUAGGAAAUGCAAUAUGACACCUAGGUAGGUACCUAUUUCUGUACUAAGAUAGAUUUUUAAUAUGGGUUCCCAGUUUUCACUACGCAACCCUAAAAAUCGGACUUUUCCUCUACAAUCUACAGUUUAGUAAAUUUUGGGCAGUUAACGUACUUACGAUACUCAUACUUACGAUACUCAAACUUACCCGUAUUUUCCUUUGAACAAUUUAAUCAAUUAAAUUGUAGAAGAAUGAAGGCUCAAUCAGGACUUCAAAUGUAGGUGUCUAGUCUAUAUUGUAUAUCAUUUUGAAAUUAUAUAUGUGACUACAAUGCACAGGUAGGUACAGAUAUUAUGUAGUGCAUAAUUAUUUUCCAUCGUAUUUUCACGGAAAUUUACGAACGUUUAUUGCUAUUUCUGUCUGUCUCCGUACAAAAAAAAAAGUACUGUCAUUGACUAAACUAGCAUGACAAAUACGAACGAAAACAAUUAUAGACUACAUCUGUAGGUACCUACCUGCCCAGUAGGGCUAAGAUGGUCGGCUCUUUAUCAUUUGUUACCAUGGCUGUCACGUUCUAACAAGUAUGUAAGCGCGAAAGUGACGGGUAUAGUGACAAGUGAUAAAAAUGGAACCAUGGUGCCACCACAGGUAUCUUUUUCUCUGUUAAAAAUAAUAUUAUAUUACGAUGACGACGAAUGUUUACAUAUCUAUCUUAAAUUAAUACUCAAUUAAGUACAGUGAAAUUCGUGAAUAUGUUUAUUGUUAUGGAAUAUCCACCUGAUAUUAAAUGCAAGCAAUUAGGUAUACUAAUAUUAUUAGUCGCCUAAAUAUCUUGGUACCUAUGUAUACGAAGAUACUUACUUAUGUCCGUUUCAUCUAAAUGCAGGUUUAAACUAUACCGAAAUAAACAUCCAGUCCUCGACAUAAAUAAAAUUACGCCAAAUUUCAAUCUACUUUCAAAUUAAUUUUGGUAAUUUUUCUUGAUCCUAUUAAUAUAUUUUAAUUAUGUAACUUUUUCGUUUUAAGGAACUUUUUUAAGACUGUUUUCCACAUAUCAAAAUUAUAUCACACAUUUAUUAUCCAAUAAGCGUACGCUUCUUUGCUCUAAAUCACAUACAAGAGAGAGAGCGCGACAACUCUAUUGGAAUUGAUACUAAAUAGGUGUUAAUUUUAGUUUCUAGUUAGCCUUUUUUAGGGUUCCGUAGUCAACUAGGAACCCUUAUAGUUUCGCCAUGUCCGGCUGUCUGUCUGUCUGUCCGAGGCUUUGCUCCGUAGUCGUUAGUGCUAGAAAUUUGGCAUGGAUAUAUAAAUCAAUAAAGCCGACAAAGUCGUAGAAUAAAAUCUAAAUAAUAUAUUUUUUAGGGUACCUCCCCUACACGUAAAGUGGGGGUGAUUUUUUUUUGCUUCAACCCUACAGUGUGGGAUAUCGUUUGAAAGCUCUUUUAAAACUAACAGGGGUCUUCAACAAACAUUUUUUGAUAAAGUGAAUAUAUUCGGAGAUAAUCGCUCCGAAAGAAAAAAAAAUGUGUGUGUGUCCCCACUCUAACUUUUGAACCAUACGUCAAAAAAAUAUGAAAAAUAUCGUGGAAGUAGAGCUUAAGAAAGACAUUAAAUGAAAACUAUAGCGGACAUGAUCAGUUUAGCUGUUUUUGAGUUAUCGCAAAAAGUUUCCCCUUCAUAGUAAAAAGACGUACAGUUGAUCCACAGUUCAUCCCUUGGUUAAUAAUCUACUAUACUUUAAGCUCCAGUUUAGCUUCUUGUGACGGGAGAGUAACUACGGAACCCUACUCUGAGCAUGGCCCGAUAUGCUCUUGGCCGAUUUAUUUAUUAUGUCGUAUAGAUAUUUAUAAAUUGUAGCUAUAACAUUGUAUACUUGAAUAUGCGUUAAGCAUUCUGCUAUGAAGAAUUUCCGCUACAUAUCAUGGAAGUCUAUCGGCCCGAUUCGAAGAAUGAUUAAGACACGUUUAAGAUCUUGGGAAGAUCGAUAACUAAACGACAUGUCAAAAUUGACAUUUAUUUCGAUUCCACUAUGAUCCCAAUAAGAUCUAUCAAGAAUAUUACUAGCGUCAAAGUGACAUUGGUUGCCCGAAUCGAGCUGCUUCUGUCAAUUAUACGACAUACAAACGGUAUCUGAAAGAGAACUUAUCUAAACCAGAACUUAUCGUUAUCGUAUCUCAUUCUGCGAAUCGGGCCGUAUAUUUUGAUUGUAAUGAGUACGCGCCACGAGGUGCUACGCCGCGUAGCCUCAGGAUUGGUGCGUAGAAUAUGCUGUAGGGCUAAAAUUAUUUCCUGUAACAUUAGCAAUGGCACUACAUAAGUACAUACGUCAUAGAUCAUUUUUGACUUUUAUAUAUGUAUAGGUACUUAUGUAUGAUUUUUGUACUAUUAUUUAAUAAUACUACAAUAUAAUUUUUCGUUGUAGUAUUUUCCAAAAUUAAUAGUUACAAAAAUAUGCCGAAUAAGGUAUUAUAUUAGAUAUUAAGUGAUAUUAAAUGACUAUGUUUUCUCUUUAAUUGUAAUUUUUAUAGAAAAUCUUAACACAAGAUAUGGCCAUUGAAUCUAGUGCUAUUUGGAAUGAAAUAUCAGUUUUGCCUAAUAGUUUAAGUGCGUUCUAAAACGAUCUAUUUUUGCUCAAAGGUUCUAUUUCUUCAAGUGUAGGUACUACGUUUAUAGGGUACGUAAUCAAUAAGGCUAGGAAGGAUUUCUCAGUCUCUUUAUAAUCGGCUGUCCCAACGUUCCAUGAAAUUCGUAAUACCAAAGAUUCGACUCCGUAUAAGAUAAAGAAAAAAAACGUGCCUCGCAAAAUCAAGAAAAAAAUAUGCUCGAAUAGAUGGCGAUAUACCUUUGGCCUAUACUCGAGUAGAUGGCUACACCGUUUGAUCUCGGUUGUUCGACUAAGCACCCUCCGUUGAAUUACUGAGUCACGUGGUUUUUUGUUUAAGUACAUUAUUUUAAACUCCAUUAUUUGAAUAGAUAGUGAUAAAGCCUCGUGUUGUAAACCAUAUAAAUGGUGAUCAUCAUGUAGGUACAAAAACCUAAAUAAUUAUACUACAUCAAAAAUUAACACUAAUAAUGUUCAUGACAUGACAAUCUUAUGUUAUUGUUAAAUUGCAAAUCCAUGUCUGGAUCCUCUUCCAUGAACUACGUUUUUCCUUGUAGCACCCACAAAAUCUCACUUUCGUUAUCUGCUUCUCUAUCGCUCUUGCAUAUUCGAGCGAUAGAGAGGCAGGUAAGGACAUUUUGAUUUUCCUUUUUCGUGGUAGAGAGCCCAGAGGCUAGAAUGUGGGAUUCUGGUAGUUCUACCUACUAAGUCUUCCAAAAAAUAUAUUACAUAAUAAUCGUAAUUAACGGCUUUAUAAUCUCAAGAUUUUAAGCAAGAAUGAUCUUUUAGUCGUGUUGUUAGGAAUGAUGUGUCCCGUAAAAAGGCCUACUCAAUGAAAUAUGAGUGAUCUAUUCUAUAUAACGAGUAUAUCUAUCGACAUAUAUCUCAUACCUAUGUAUAAAUAUAAAUAAAUAUAUUGAGGUUUUAGUACUUAACUUGCGUUUCCGUAAUUUAUGAGUUUGCGUGGAAAUAUUAAGGGAGAUAGCUGGAUCAGUACCACUAACCACUACCACCAGCUUUGACAUUAAAAUAUUCGCUCACGUCUACGUAGCUUACUUUCUAUCCAUCUUGCUCGUACUAGUCGUACUUGCAUAUUUGUGCAAUUGAGAUGUAUAUAUAGAAAGUAGCUAAUUUACGUAGAUGUGAGCGAAUAUGUCAAUGUCAAAACUAGUGGUAGCCGUACUGUACUAAUUUGUAUGUGUAUGUACAUAACUAGAGGUAAUACCUACAUUAUUAUGUUAAAUAUAUACUUUUGAAAUCACGAGAAAAAUGUAUUUACAUAGGUAAAUAACGUAAAAUCUUAAAAUUAAGGUUAAAUUCAGUUUUUGUCCUAAUCCACUCUUUUGGAGCUGCUGUGCUGUCUACACUAAAUAGAGUCGAAAAGUGGUAAACCACUUUCUUGGCUGACUGUACCUCUUGCGUCUAAUGAUGGUCCCUAACAUGACAGUUCCUUGAAGUAUAUUUUCGUUGGGCUUAAUUAAAAAAUAAUUUAAGAAAUUUGUAUUUACCGUAUUUUAACAAAAAAUAAAGUGCCAAGCUUGCAAAAAAUGAUAACAAACAUUUAACGUGACAUCUGCUCCAUAUAAAAAUGAACCAUCAUUCCACGUUUUAUUAAAAAGAAAAAUAAUGUUAUAGCGCUGUUUUCCUAAAACUUGCCACAUUUUAUUACUGCUAUGCCCCUAGGUGUGCUUAUGUAAAAUCGACAUGAAAAUAGUCAAUGGAUUUCAACAACCCUGCAGGUGUUUCAGCCUUCGUUUAACUACAAAAUCAUUCACAUAACAAAAUCUUGUUGAAUUAUACCUAAGAAUGCCUAUAAAAUUAGGUAGUAGGUACCUAUUACUAAGUACAGUUUGCCAAUCUUGUCACAGUUAGGUACAACUUAAACAAUAAAUGAUCAAACAGU